UAUUGAUUAGAGAUCUAAAGUAGAAAAAAAGCCAUGGAUGCCCAGUAUCAGAACCUGCCUCCUCUCAAAAGAUUACGCUUGAUGCAACGAGAUCUCGAACUUGCUCACCAAAAACAACAACAUCAACCAAACCAAUCCGAGGAGGUGAAGCCGUCACAGUUACCAGGGAAGAAGAGGAAGCACUCUCGUGUUGAUUACGAUGACGAAACCGAAAACUCCGUCCCUACCUACCGUUGUCUCCCGGCUAAGAAGAGGAUCUGGGCGAUCGAUCCAAAUCUAAUCUCCGGUAAUCCCUUAUCACCUAUCGAUCUCAACAUCGAGUAUAAGCCUUGUGUAGACGAAGACGCAAUCAAGAAGAAGAAGAAGAAUCCACAAGUAGAAGAAGAAGAAGAAGACAAUGAUAACAAUAAAGAGAAUAUAGAUCCUCUGGAGGAAGAAGAAGAUGGGAUAAUGUGUGGUGUAUGUCAAAGCACAGAUGGUGAACCAUCAAACCCCAUCGUCUUCUGUGACGGUUGCGAUUUAAUGGUCCAUGCUUCUUGUUACGGUAACCCUCUGGUUAAAGCCAUACCAGAAGGUGAUUGGUUUUGCAGUUAUUGUACCGCGUCAAUGUCAUUAAAGAACAGCAGAGAGAAAAAGACUUUCUCUUGUUGUUUGUGUACGACUAAAGGUGGAGCUAUGAAGCCCACGAAGGAUGGUCGUUGGGCUCAUAUUACUUGCGCGCUGUUUGUGCCUGAAGUUUACUUUGAGGAUCCUGAAGGAAGAGAAGGGAUUUGUUGCGGGGAGAUACCGAGUAAGAGAUGGAAAGAGAGGUGUUAUGUUUGUAAGGUGAGGGGUGGGUGUGUUAUUGAGUGUUCGGAGAUGAAGUGUCAGUUGGGUUUUCAUGUUAGUUGUGGGUUGAAGGAAGAUCUUUGUGUUGAGUAUCGUGAAGGGAAGAGGAGGAGUGGUGGUGGUAUUGUUGUUGGGUUUUGCAGUGAGCAUACUAAGCUGUGGGAAAGGCAACAGGAAAGUGGAAAGUACAAGAUUGUUGCUAGAGAUGAGGAUAAGAAGUAGCAGAAAGCUGGAAGGCCGACUCUGAGAGGCUUCAUAUGUUGAUUGUUUGGUUUAGAAUAGUUUUCUUAUUUUCAUACUUAUCUGAUCAGGGACUAGCUUUCAUGCUUGUCAAGUUUGUGUUUUUUUUUCUUUCUCUAUGUUAUGUUCUAUGUUGACUUGUUUUAAGCUGCACAAGAGCUAAAACUUGGUCAAUCUAGUUCUCUACCUCG